CUAACCUGGGAAGUCAGUCAAGUGUUGGAAUCAGGAACUCAGUAAUAAUGUGCUGGGGGGGAGGGGAGGGUCAGGAGAGAGGACAUGGCUGAAGAGGACACUGUACAGGAAUGUCAAGGAGAGGAGACGGGAGAUCACAGCUGGGAUCUUAUCGGACAUCAGCCGAGCAGUUGCUGAAGUGUUAUGGAACAAUUAAUUCUGGGAAGAGGCGACACACUAAACCUGAGCCAGUGAGAAAUCACACAUCCAGUGGUUCCAGCGCAGUCACCUUUUCCCCUCUAUCCCGCCACGAAGAACAGCGCCUCCGACCCCGAACCUGCAUUGCCUGCCGGGCCUGUGUGACCGCACAUCUCCAAAACUCUGUAAAACAAACCGCAGUCCCUAAACUUGAACUGCUGAGCCGAAAAAUAUACCUUCCUUACUACUCGGGCAAAGGCAACGAAGAAAGGCCGAACCGAAGGGGCAGAGCUAAGGAGACAGAGAGGCUUCCAGAUUCCAGGAAGUUGAUUUCUUGUCAAUUUAAACCUCUCAGAAGUGCUCCUGGUUCCAUGUCAUCCAACAGCUCCAGACACUCGGAAGUAAAGAUGCCCCGUCCUCCCGUGCUCCCUCUGCCUUAUCCUUCAGGACUGCGGUGUGCUGGCGUACCGCUCUCGCACUCCUCGGACUCAGAGCUCAGGAAGUGGAUUGUAGAAUUUGGAGGAGAUGAACGGGCAGCAUUUAUGGCGAGGGGGCUACAGAAACUACAGCUGGCUUAUGAGAAGGGUAAAUCGGAAAUGGAUCAACGGACUGAAAAACAUACACCCCCAAAGUGCCCGCACAUCGGCUAAUGGUGACUGUGGAUGGUAGUUGGCAGCUUGAUAUACAGGCCAGAACGGGCCACGAAUGUGGAGAUGCUCGCUGGUAUUGCCCAAGCCUCCAUGUUCAUACAACAGAGCCUGUGCUGGCCUUAUCUCUA